AGAGGUAUUGUUUCCGCGUAUUGUGUGCCCGCUCGGCCUGCGGGCCGCCGUAGUGAGGUGGGUGUCGAUGCUGUUGUGACAGUGGUGCCUGGGAACGGCACAGCCGUUUGAAGACGGCGCCUCUCACCAUGGCCGAGCCGAGCGCUGCCCACACCAAGGAGACCAGGUUAUCCGCUGAUGUUGAGCCAUUUGUGCCAAAGCAGCAAGCAGUGGGAGUACGAUGGCCUGAAUCUUCAUCUGCUCCAUUACCCAGAUAUUUAACAACUUGCUAUCCUUUCGUUCAGGAUCCUUAUGUGGAUGGGCAGCAUUUACAUACACCAGAGAAUGGCUGCAGUCAAUUUUCCCAGAAUUUUACAGAGGUACACACAUCCUAUCCAGUUAUGUCAUCUCAUUUACCUGUGGAUUAUUCUUUAUAUUAUUCAUAUAAACAAUCUGCGGAUUCCUCUUUGAAUCCAUUUGCACAAACUUCUCUACCCUCUGAGGACAUUUGCUCUUCUAAGCACAAAAAUAGUGGCAGUGGUCGAGGAAACAAGAAGAAGCAGCAUGCCCAACAGGACUCUGAGAAGGAGCAAUCAUUUUUGGGCCAGACUUCGAAGGAAGCAAGGUCCAAGAAGGAGUUAAGAAACCAGGGGCAAAAUAUAAAUGAAUUACCAGAAUUAUCAGAAACCAGUGAACAAUUGCAACGACCUGAUGUAUUUAAGGAUAAGAUAACUAAAAAUGGAAACAAACAAGUUAACAGAUACCAGCACAGCAAAUCCAAAUCACUUCAGAAAAUACUAAAUGAACCCGAGCUUAAGACUGACAUCACAUCUAAAGUUGCAUCAGGAGACCUUCCAGAAAUACAGAGUCUAGCAUCACAACAAUCUAGCCCUGAUCUCAGAAAAUCUCAAGAGUUGAGUAAAGUUUAUGAACAGUCUGCCAAAGUAUGGCCAGCAGACGAUACAAAUGUGGAUAAAGCAUUGGGGACAUCUCGAGCAUCUGGAUUGCCAGUGAAUUCGGAAAAAUGCAAUGUCUCUGGUUCCACCGUUACCACGGCAAGUUCAGUGGCAUUGUCCUCUUUGCCUGUAACAUCGAAUACCACUUCAUCAGUGUUGUCGUGGGCUAGAAUUGUUUCGCAAGCACCUAAGAAGCCAGUUUUUAGUUCAGCUCCACCAAAGACACAUGCACAUAGUGUUGCUCAGAGACAUGAAGAAACAAAGGUGAAAGAAACUACUGGAAAAGUGAAAAAGAAGAAAAAGAAAAAGAAGCCAAAAGAAACUGAUGACACUCCCAAACAAAUUGAGCCAAAGAUAACCAUCCAGGAGCUACCUCGAUUUGAGGAUGAUGAAGAGUUUCCUGAUCUGGCAUCAGCAGUAGGCACUUCGGACAAAACUGGCAAAGCUGUGCAAAACAAGUUCUUUGCUUUUAGCCAGGUUGUGGAAAAACAGUGUGAGAUAUUAGUGGCUGGGCAACCAGUUUUGCAUGUGGCCAGCUCCAGUGGUACUGGUGAUGGGCCAGCUCGUCUGGGCCGUGAUCAGAAGGCAAUUCGGGUUCCAAGGAAAGAAUCCGUUCAAGAAAAUAGGACCAUCAGUCCUCUGAAGAACUCUAUGGAAGUUCCAAAGAAAAGUGGUAAAAAGAGUAAGAUCCCCAUGCAACUAGAUUUUGGUAACAUGCUGACUGUCCUAGAGCAGAAACAGCAAGAGAAGGCAUCAAAACAUACCCCUAAGCCAAUAGUAUUUGCAGUUGGGGGAGCAUUUCCAUUGGUUCCCAAAGAACCCACUUCGAAAAGACUGCCUCAGAACUCAAGUCAUGAAAAGGUUCCUCAUAAUCCCUUGGACUCAAGUGCUCCUUUAGUAAAGCGAGGAAAACAAAGAGAAAUCCCAAAGGCUAAAAAACCGACUUCACUAAAAAAGAUUAUAUUGAAGGAAAGAGAAGAAAGGAAACAGCGGCGGCUAUUGGAGGAGAAGGGUUUGAUCCCAUCAAGCGGUGAAAUAACAUCUGCUCAAGAGAGUCGGACACUCAUCUUGGAUCAGAAUGUGAUGUUGGACACACAAAAAGAAUUGGCUGAAUUAAAUGAGUCAACAGAAGAUUUGACUAAUUCUACAACUUCAUCGCCCUGUCAAAAUUUACAACCUCUUUCUGAUACACCAAAAAUUCCUGAAGAAAUUUGGACAAAAAGCAUUCUGCCGAAUCCCAGCCACCAAAAGAUACAUAGCAGACGGUUUAGGGAAUAUUGCAGUCAAGUGUUGUCUAAAGAAGUUGAUACUUAUGUGACGGAUUUGCUGAAGGAGCUUGUCCGUUUCCAAGAUCGGUUAUACCAAAAAGAUCCUGUUAAAGCUAAAAAGAAGCGUAGGAUUGUCAUGGGACUGAGAGAAGUUUUGAAACAUCUAAAGCUGAAAAAGCUGAAGUGUGUUAUCAUCUCUCCAAACUGUGAAAGAAUUCAGUCCAAAGGUGGCCUGGAUGAAGCGUUGCAUACGAUAAUUGAAGUUGCCCGUGAACAGGAGAUUCCAUUUGUAUUUGCUCUCAAUCGCAGAGCUCUUGGCCGCUGUGUGAACAAAGCGGUUCCUGUCAGCGUGGUUGGAAUCUUCAGCUAUGAUGGCGCUGAGACCCAGUUUCAUCAAAUGGUUGAACUCACUGAGGAAGCUAGGAAAGCAUAUCAAGAGAUGUUGAACGCUCUCGAGCUAGAGUUAAGGGAAGAUAAUGCAAAUUCAAUGGAACCAGUGUGCAAUAUUUCAGAGGAAAGUACCUUUGCACAUGAUAUCAUGACCUCUCAAGCUUUUAGUGAACCCACCGAGCCAGAAUAUGUUAAUACAUGGAGGCAUUUGCUAAAGAGACAGUGUAAUCCCAACCUAUCAGACACUGAAAACACUCGAACCACAGAGGCUUUGCACAGCGACUCAGAAGAAGAAACUGGUGAUUCUGUGCAAGAUUAUCCAAAGUCCAUUCUUGAUUUUGAAUGUCAAACAGCAAUAAGAUGAAUAAAUGAAUGUGGUUUGUGAUGGCACGAUAUAAUGUUUCCACAGCUCUCAAUCCGAAGGAAAGUUCGGAAAGUGUAGGAAAUGUUGAUUAAAAUAUGCAGCAAGUGAAAUGGCCUACCAUAAAUGUCACUUCAAUAAAAACAGUUGUAGAUUCCCUUCAUAGCCAAGUGGGGUUAAACCUGAAUUAAGUGUCUCAUAAUUGAAACAUUUGAUAGCCAAUUAAUAAUAUUAAUUGAUCCAUGAUAAACAGGCAAACUUAAAGUCCAAGUAAGCCACAUUCAGCAUGAUGAAUAGCUAGAAAUAAGUAUUACCCAGUGAUUACCUCAGAAUGAGGUUGGCUGUAGUGGUGACAUUUUGCUCCUCUGCAACUACUAUAGUCAACUUUAAAAUAGUCACAGAAACCAAUAUUAUGUAGCAGAAGGUAUGUUUUAUUUGCAUCCUUUUGAAAUUCCUGCCUUAACAGUCCAUUCUGGUUUAUUCUGGUGCAAAGCCCAUCCUGAAACUGGAAAAUUAGAAAUGGUUUGGUCGUUUGAAAUUGCAGUGUCCUAGAUAUCACUAUUGUGAAACCGUUUAUGUAAUUAGACUCGCAGAUACAUUUAUACGUCUAAUGAAAUAGUUACAUUCAUUGCAAAACAUGGUAAUAAUCUAAUUGUUACUAGCUACAUUUACUUCACACAUUGGAGCACACCAUUAUAGACACAAUGACCACCUCAAUUCCAUCAGGACAUAUUUCCACAAGUGCCUGCUCAGGGUAAGAACAACAUACCAAAUGUCUUGUGCUGCAUUUCAUUAAUUUUAACAACUCUUCUACUUUGCGUGAAAUUCUAAGCAAUUUCCCCCAAAAUCAUUAAUUUUGCGAAUGUUCAAAUGUGUAUUUACCUAUGUUGAAUCUCGGUCCUAAGCUACAAACUACACUACUGAUUAUACAACAGCAAUUGCAGAUGCUGGUUUACAAAAUAAGACACAGAGUGCUGGAGUAACUCUGGGUCGGGUAGCAUCUCUGGUGGUCAUGAUUGAGGACAUUCUUGAUCCGGACUGAAGAAGGGUUCUGACUUGGUGUUAUCUAUUCGUCUUCCAUUGAGGUUGCCUGACCCGCUGAGUUAUUUCAGCAGUCUUUCUUGCACUACUGAUCAAUUAAAUGUGCAUUUCAAAUGUACUUAAAUGAAUAUUACAAUUUGUGAUGGCAGUGAGCUACAUGGCCAGAAAAAUACUAAGUAAAAUAAUAAGCAGCCCUUCUGAAUAAUUUGAACUGCAAGAAACAUACCAAAACCUUUUCAUUGUGUGUUCCAUUUAUCAAUGUUUUGUGUUCAUAUGAUUGAUUUUCUAACAAUGCCUCGAAUGAAGUUGAUUCAAUUGAAUAUCCUUUUUGUAAGAGGGCGAUAGCCUGCUCUGAUUCGAGUUGCACCAAUGGUUUGAAGCACCACAAGUAUUUUUAGAGCAGUUAAUAAAACAUCAUACACUAUAAAAUACCAGUUGAACACAUCUUUCUACUCAAUAAUUAAUUGCUACAUUAAUGCGCAUUUGCCACAUUACUUUGCUAAAUAGCAGCCCCAAUUCAUGUAGAAUCAUGAGUAAAAAAUAGCUAAGUGUUAAAAGAAAGCAAACUGCUACAAAUCAGCUUUAAUAGCAGAUGAAAACUUGCUGCAGUCAAGGACACAGGUUUUUAGUCAGUGAGCUUUUCAUGGUCAAAACAAACAUAUUUAAAUACUAGUUCCGAUUACACUGACAGCUAUGUAAUUUAUUGUCCAUUUGCAACUAUGGGCAGAAUGCUUUUUGCCAAAAUAAAUGCAAAAUUUCUUUUUACAGAUUUAAAGCAAAGGCACACAUUUAAGUAAACCUCAAGCCGUACUCAAAUUUUGGAUUUUUGCCUUAUCUGCAAUUGGCAAUAAACAGUGAAACUUAUGUGGGAGUUUAGUAAUAUUUAAAAUAAAACAGUAAGUACUAAAAACAUUCAGCAGGUCAUAGUUUUUGCAGCACUUGUGUUUUUAUUUUUGAUCAGUAAUAUUUAUUGCGUAAUACAUUACUACUGAUUUCUGACCUAACUAAAUUCCAAUUUAUAUGAUAAUCUGUAAUACAAGAUUCUAUGGUGAGAAAUAAAUGCUACUUAUGCUUACUACAUAAAAUAAGUUAGAAAGAGUAUCAUUAAACUGUUAUGAACAGUGUGUAAAACUUGUUUCACACAUUGGGGUGUGCAUGGAUAUACGAAUGUUGUGAAUUCUUCCGAGGCAAUGGGUGCCACAAGUUUAAUCCAUCUGGACACAUUUAUCACUGAUAAAAUUAACCUCUUCCAUGUUUACCAUCCUUGCUUUGUGGAGGAUCUAGGAGAUUAAACUGAUCUCCAUAUGCAUCAAACAGUACCAUAAACAAACUAAUUUUAUAAUCAAUAUUAGGUAUGAAAGAGACAGAUUCACUGCAGGUUGCAUGUCGACUUACUCAAGAUAAACCGACUGCUGUAGCGGAGGUUGAUGAAUUGUAUAAAAAAAAAAUGAAAUUGAGCUAAAGAAGAAUGCAAAAUUAGCGAUGUAUGCAAAAUAUAAGAACCAUUCAUACAACUUUACUAUACUAUCCUCAGCUUAUAAAUAAUCCUCAUUUGUUUGUCUUAUUUUGUGGAAGCUGCUUGUAUUAGAAAUCUAAACAGAAAUGUUCUGAUGGUCAGGUCAGCAUUUUGAUGUCAUGGGUUUGGAAGUUAUAAUGGGGUCUUGGUUAUCAAAACAUUUUGUUGUUCCCCCUAUUCUAUCUGCUUCACUUUUCUGCAAAUUUUUCAUCAUUAAAAAAAAAUUACGACUGUUCCUCUUUCAGGUUAUCUAUGUACAAAAAAGUUAAAUUCAAGAGGUCAAUAUUUAAAGUUCUGGAAAACAAGAAAGACACAGAUUCAGUUCGCUUUUAAUGAAAGUCUUACUCAGAGCAGUAUAUUUGUUGGCGAAGGUUAGUGAAAAUGGUGCAUCUGAAUGUGCGUUGGUAAAGGCAAGAAAUGUGGCAGGAGUGAGUUGGGUUUGUUUUUAAAAGUCCUCUCCAAUAUUUUCCAGUGAUAUUUUAUCUUUUGCUGGACUACAGUGUAACUCAUUAAACAGCUGUUAUGUAUAAUUUUAAUUUAAAGUACUGCCUAAUUAAUCUACAAUGUUUUCAAAAUUUGACAGUUUCAUGCUAUUUUCAGGUUAUUUUCUUUAAAACACCUAAAUUGUUUUGACAUGUUUAAUAAGAACCUAAACUUUAUUUUAAAUGGAUUAGAUUGUGGGACAGUCCCAUAAUGUAUUUGUUAAGUUAGAAAGUGAAUUCAGUUAUACUUUUAUAACUGGCACAUAGAAGGAUAAUGCCUGUACUGUCGUGAGUAUUAUUGCUCUCCCAUAGUCAGUGCACAUUGGGCAGAGGUUGAGGUUAUUACCCAAUCUCCUGCAAAAGUAUCAAACCAAAGAAACAUUUGCCGUAAAUGUUUUGGUUCUCAUCUUUAUCUUUCCUUCUUUGGCUGCAAGCAUACAAAAAAAAAUGCUGAACACAACAGCUGCAUAGAGUACAAGCUAGCCAUGGUAUACUGAGAGCUAAUCAAGACAGUUGCAGUUUCUCCAUGCCACUCAUGUCCAAACAUUUUUUAAUUGGUCCAAGUCCAAGGGUUGUAAUGAAGCUUGGGACUAUUCCAAGUUUGCAAAAUCAGUGCUCGCUUAUUCUUUAUGCAAACACAAUAUUGGUAAAGCAGCUGCAAACAGAUAGCUGAAAAAUAAUACUUAUGAAUGUUUUGCUCCUAUGAUUUUAUUGUUGUAAAAUAAAAUGAAUCUACGAAGGCCCCCAAAAGAUCUGCUUUUCUUUUAAAGGAGAGUACUAUUAUACUCUCUGUCUUUGUCUUAAGGCCAAUAAAAGCUGUGAUGCAAUAAGAGGUGAUUGUGGGAGUACUGGGCACUGCCUAAUGCUCUGUAGUUCUGCUGGUUUGAUUUGGGAAAGCAAUCAAUAUUUAAAUAUUGUACAACUGUGACUAUUUAAAGAUAUGUUUGUGCUGUAAAUAAUUAAAUUUUAUGCUAUUGAGCAUAGGCUGAUUGCCUUUCCAUAAAAUAGACAAAUGUCUACAAUUUUUUUGGGGAGGUUUCUUUGAAGGACUAAUUUAGUUCUAUAAUACUUUAUGAAAGCUAGUUUGAUAUACAUGAUUGUUAAAUUCUUAUUCUAUAGAUUUAUAUUGAGUGAAUUAAACUCAAAUGUUGCUGCUUUUGAAUAUUUUUGAAAAAUAAAAAUUUUGAUUAAAGGGAA